GUAGUCGGACGUUUCCGCCUCUCGCGCCACUUUAAGUCUCUUUGGUGUUGCUGGGUUUAUUGCUGUGAUCUCAGGCUGACUGACUAAACCUUUAUGCAGUCUUUAGUCAUGAAAACCUCGAAGGAAGCUGUCCAGAGCACCGCAAAGGAGUUUCUUAAUUUCGUUAAUCGUGGAGUUUCACCAUAUCAUGUGGUUGAAGAGUGCAAGACUCGACUUUUGAAAGCUGGUUUUAGGGAGCUAAAGGAAUCUGAACACUGGGAUAUCAAACCAGCAAACCUGUAUUUUGUUACCCGGAACUACUCUUCCAUUGUUGCCUUUGCUGUGGGCGGCCUGUACAAACCAGGCAAUGGCUUUUCCAUCAUCGGAGCCCACACGGACAGCCCCUGUCUGAGGGUAAAGCCAUGCUCCAGGAAGGCGAGGUCAGGCUGCCUGCAGGUAGGUGUAGAGUGCUAUGGCGGAGGAAUCUGGAACACAUGGUUCGACCGCGAUCUGACCAUUGCUGGCCGUGUCAUGGUCAAGAAUGAAGAUAAGCUGGUGCAUCGUCUUGUGCACGUCCAGCGGCCUAUCUUGAAGAUCCCCCAUUUGGCCAUUCACCUGCAGAGAGACAUCAACGACUCAUUUGGCCCGAACAAGGAGAACCACCUCGUGCCUCUUCUGGCCACCGCCAUUCAGGAGGAGCUCGAGACGGGUGCUCCUGCUGCUUCUAGUGAUGCCUGCAGUGGAAAGUCUACAGCAGAGAAACACCACCCGGUUCUGAUCCAGCUGCUCUGUAACGAGUUGAAGGUCAAGUCUGAUGCGCUGCUGGAUUUUGAGCUGUGUCUGGCAGACACACAGCCAGGGGCACUAGGAGGUGUGUAUGAAGAGUUUAUUUUUUCUCCUCGUCUGGACAACCUUCACAGCUGCUUCUGUGCUCUGACUGCUCUGAUAGACACUAGUACUUCUCUCUCAGGAGACCCAAAUAUCCGUAUGGUCGCGCUGUACGACAACGAAGAGGUAGGGUCAGAGAGUGCUCAGGGCGCCAUGUCAAAUCUGACAGAGCUUAUUCUGCGUCGCCUGGCAACCAGCCAAGAAAAUCUAACUGCCUUUCAGGAGGCCAUGCCCAUGUCUUUUAUGAUCAGCGCUGACAUGGCUCAUGCUCUGCACCCAAACUACCAAGAUAAGCAUGAAGAGAAUCACAGACCUGCUUUCCAUAAGGGUCCAGUCAUAAAGUUUAACAGCAACCAGCGAUACGCCACCACCGCCGUAACUGCCUCAAUCAUACGAGAGAUUGCAGGGAAGGUGGAUGUGCCUCUUCAGGAUGUGAUGGUGCGGAACGACAGUCCCUGUGGAACAACCAUCGGGCCUAUCCUUGCUGCUCGGCUGGGAAUUCCUGUUUUGGACAUGGGCGCUCCACAGCUGGCCAUGCACUCCAUCAGAGAGAUGUGCUGCACAUCUGGAGUCCUCCAGACCACAACUCUAUUCAAGGGCUUCUUUGAGCACUUCCCCUCCGUGAGAAACAUGGUCGUGGUGGACUAGAGUAUGCUGACGUGGCACAGCAUAACUUGACGAAUGGCCAGAUGUGUAUACAAAUGAAGAAAAUGAAAAUCUCUCCAUCUCAUUUUAAUGAUGGAUAAUUAAAGUGCUCAUCUUACGAAAAUGGCAUCAUAAAAUCCUGGAUUUUCUGUGCGUGAUGUGCUCAAAUAGGUUGUAGAGUUUACCAAUAAAUAAAUUGGUUCGAAAGAGAAAUUCCAUUCCAAAAAUCACUCAAAGCUCAUCCGCCAUUGUUAGAUCACAGUGAUUUUUAUUUGUCAGUGGUGCUGCAUGUGUGACAAUCGUAUGCACAACUGCCACCUUUUGUAUCCACAUGACUCUGUAAUAUUCUCUGCAAUGGCAUGCGUUCUUGAUGCUAACUCUUUUGAAAUAUAUGACGAAAGCGCUUCAAAUUUGUCCUCGAUCUCUGGUUGGUUGUCUGAGGACGAUUUAGAACCUAUAGCCACGGAGAAAGAGGCGGACAAGCCAAGUCACUCGUGAAGAAGAAAAAGAGGAGCAAUGACUGCUCCAGCAGUUUUCUGAAACCCAGGAAGUUGAUGCAUGGUACAAAUCAUAGUUUUGCUCUUUUUUUUUUUUUUUAAACUGAUUUGGUGUUCAGCUUUCACAGUGAUGAUAAAGCAGUGUCUCUAGCUACUAAAUACGUCUUUUUUUAUUGUUUAAAAGAAUAAAAGACUAAGGACAAUUGAUAAAUUCAAGCAACAGGCUAAACACAAGCUUAACACUUCCUGUGCGGCAGUGAGCUCUUUGGGACGUCGUUUCUAACUUUUGUUUCCAGAUCGUAGAAACUGCUCCACAUACCAUACCAGAUGUCACUCAAAUCCUUCUAUGUAAAUCUGCCUCACAAAUGUAUCUUUUUCAUACCGGCUUGAAGUUACCUCUCUUUGUCCACGUAAAUCGAACCCAUUUCAUUCUGUAAGCAUCCUGCUGACUUUGGGCUAUAAUGGAUCAAAAUUCUGCCUCUUUUUUUAUUUUUAAAUCAGCUAUAGUUGAAUGGCCUUGAACGAUACACCUCUUAAGAGGCAUGCUUUGGUUUUAAUUUAGUUUUGGAAUAAAAAAAAUCUUGUUAAAAAUGUGCUACACUUUGCAAAGCAGACGAAGCUAGAAAUGCUGCGAACUUUCAAGCGUUGUGCAUAUGAUGUCACUUCCUUUGAAUUAGCAAUAACUUACCAGGAACGCAUUCGUGUAAUGGCGGACUCGGAGCCAAGCUUUACCAGCUAAAUAGAACAUGUUCCCGGUCUCGUAUUACGUAAAAUACAAUUUGGACAGUAAACUAUUUAACAUGUCUAGUUUUAUAAGGUAUGAUUUCCAGGGGCGAUGUCAUUUUCUUAAGAAUAGCACUUUAACGGUUUUAAAUUUCUAAGAGUUUUUACUCCAGAGUGAAAGCCCCAAAAACUUUGACUGCUAGUUAGAACCUUCUGGUUCAAGAACACAAUUUACUCCAAGCAAAGUAGUUAUAUGGAUUAGAAGAACUUUCAACACCUGUUUUAUUUUGUUCAAGCAAAAUUGUUAGACAAUAAAAAUAUGUCCCUGUUGUUCA